GUAAACCAUUGACCUUGAAUAUUAUAUCUCGGACAUUUAUACACAUCUGAAUAUAACAAUUUAUUGAUCAAUAUGUGUUCAUAUAUCAGUAUAUAUAAUUAUGUGAACUAUAUUUGAUUAAUGCAUAAGUUGUAGUCAUAAUCAUAUUUCACUAAUUGAGUAUACUAGUGAUAGCUUUACUUGGCCAAAUUUUCGUCUAAACGCCACUCUUUCUUUUCAACAAUAUGCUGUUGAAUGCUGAAUUAAUCUGGCAAAAAUCAAAUAGCCUGAAGAGUUGUCUUUUUUAUACAAAACGUUAUGCAAUGUCUUCUGAUGUUAAGAAAACGUUGGCUACAAAACAUUUUGGAUUUUUGGGAUCUGGUAAUAUGUCUCAAGCACUUGUUAAAGGAUUUUUAUCCUCUGGCAUCAUCAAUGGUUCUCAAGUAACAAUGACAGAUCGUUAUGGUUUAUCAUUUCCAGAUGCUGAGAAAUAUGGAGUGGAGUAUAUUCAAACAAAUGAACCAAUGGUUGAAAAAAGUGAUAUUGUAUUCGCUUGUGUCAAGCCGCAUAUACUUCUUCCAGUUUUAAAACAACUUUCAGAUAAACUACAUAAUAAAUUGUUGGUUUCUAUUGCUGCAGGCAUUACACUGGAACAAAUACAACAGGCUGUUCCUAAGUCUACACGAAUUAUUCGUAUUAUGCCGAAUACACCAUGUCUUAUAGGGAUUGGAACUGCUGUGUAUGCGCAUACAUCAUCUGUUACUGAACAAGAUGUUCUAUUGAUUUCUACGUUAUGCUCAUCAAUUUUUCCUGUAUUUGAAGCUAUUCCUGAGUCACUGUUCAAUGCAGCCGUUGGUGUAGCUGGCUCAGCGCCUGCAUAUAUAUACAUGGUGGCUGAAGCGAUAACAGAUGCUGGUGUUCUACUCGGAUUACCUCGUCCAACAGCACAGAAAUUAGUUGUGAACACUAUACUUGGUUCAGCUGCUAUGAUACAAAAAACUGGCAAGAAUACAACUGAAUUGAAAAAUGAUGUAUGCUCACCAGGUGGAACUACAAUUCAAGGUGUUUAUGCUUUAGAAAAAGGCGGUCUAAGAGCUACUCUAAUGGAUGCUGUACAAAAAGUUUGUGCACAUGGAGAAGCAUUAAGUAAAAAAUCAUGAUAUCUCUGUACUGCCUUGUUUUGUUUCGUUUCUCAUAAUGCAUGUCUUCUUAUGAUAUGAUAUUACAUAAUGAAUUACAUAAAUGACUGACUGACUGAUUGAUUGAUUGAAUGAUCGAUUGAUCGACUGAAACGCUUUUCUUUUGUCCUAUAUUAUGUAUGUAUAUGUGUGUAUCACUUCGAUAUGUGCUUUCCAUUUGAUACGCAAAAGUGAUUUUCCUUUUUUCUUUUCCUUUUUUUGCAUCUACUUAUUUAUUUGCAUAACUUUUGACAAAAAUAUUUGUACCUUUGCUAAUGCGAAUCUAUGUAUUUUUAAGUGGAAAAAAAACGAAACUGUGGGCUU